UGAUCAUGGUAGCACCAUUUCUUCUUCUAUUCCUUAUAAGCUCACAGAUUCGAAGUCAAAAACUUACAACGGAGGAGAAUGAGCUUAACAACAAAAACUGUGGCGUUCAAUUUCUAGGGCAGCCACUUCAAAAAAAUCGUUUGGUCAAAAAGUCUUACGGAGGCCGAGAAUUUGAAGAAAAUGAGUAUCCUUGGACUGUGGUUUUGAGACGUGGAAAAGCUCUGUGCAGUGGCGUACAGAUAUCUCCUAGACAUAUUCUGACAGCUGCUCACUGUGUUUUGCAGUUCGACAUUGAAAAGAGCCAAGAGUUGUGCGUCAUUAACCAAUCACAGAGCAUUGUUUCUGUACUAGCGAAUCCAGAAGAGAUGUCUGUCCUCAUAGGCGGAGGAAAAAUGCAUUGCUACACUUAUCUUUGCCAAACCACUAAAACUCCGUAUAGAGCGAAAAAGAUCGUAGCAAAGAAAUUGAACAUGUGUGAGAAAAAUGAUGAUUUGGCACUCAUUGAACUCAGCCAAAAUAUCUCGGAAAGAGACUCGACACCGAUUUGCAUGCCAGAUGAUGGUUUGCCACUGAAUCCUGUUCUCUACGCAACCGGCAUCGGAUCCGAUCCUUCAAGCCCUAUAACUUUUGACAAUCCGAAGGGCGAUCAUGCACAUGGACAGCAAGUAGUAGCACUUCGCUAUUACGCAGUCGAUCAGUUACUGCACCAAGUUGAAACCGUGACUUUUGCAAAGGGAACAUGUCCAGGAGAUAGUGGAGGGAUUAAUAGUCACAGUAUAGGCGAUUGCAAUCAGCACAACAGAAAUAUGAUAGACUAUUAUACUGACGUGCGUGCGAAUUUGGACUGGAUUUGCAAAUAUUCAGGUGUGUGCCCACUGGAAGAAGAGUCGUGGUGAAAGAAGGUCGCGAUAACACGUUAUUCUAGUCCAUACCAUAUCUGGUUAUAGACGCUAUUCUGAAUAGACAAGUUUACAAACAUCUACUACAGCUAGC